AUGCGCCCCUCCGCCUGGUGUCGCGCCUGGCCGCUUCUGCACGACGGCUCCCUCGCCCGGCCUGCCCAGCGCCCCGGCGUCCGCACCCGCUCCGCUCCGUCGCUCGUGCAGCUUCGAUCCGCAUCUCCGCCCCCGCCACUCGCUCGACCUGGCUCGAUGUCCCGCGACUCGGCCGCGCCCGCCUCCGGCCCCCGCGCGCCGGCUCCUUCCCUCGCUCGCGCGCUGGCUCCACGCGACUCGGUCCCGUCCGGCGUCCCGCUCGUCGCCUCCGUCCUGCUCGACCGGCUCCCGAGCACCGCCACACCCGCGCCGGCCACUGCUUCGCCCCUGCCGGGCCGCCUCGCCCGCCCGCCGGCUCCCGCGGGCCGGCUUCGCCUUGCCCUGCUAGUCGGCGUCUGCCCCGUCGCUCCUCCCCGCGACCGGGUGCUCCGCGCCCGCCCGCCGGCUGCCGGCUGCGCCGCCUCCCGUCGUCCGGCUGCUGCCCCGGUCCGCACUCGGCCGCCCCGCCGCCUGCCCGCGUGGCCGGCUCCUCGCCCCCGCCGGCUCCGCCCAUCCACCUAG